AUGUCUCUGCCCUCCAAGAACAACAACAAAACCAACCCCACCGCUCAAGAUGACUACGACCUUACAACCCCAAUCACCACCAAAAACGGCCUCCGUCAAGGCCUCACCUCCUACGGCGACGCACACUUCUCUCUAUUUUUGCGCAAGGUCUUCAUCAAAGCCCUAGGCUACACCGACGACGCCCUCUCCCGCCCUUUGAUCGGCAUAAUAAACACAUACUCCAGCUACAACCCCUGCCACGCAAACGUGCCACAACUAAUCGAAGCAACCAAAAGGGGCGUGCAACUUGCGGGUGGACUGGCCAUUGAUUUCCCGACCAUCACGUUGCAUGAAUCGUUUGCGCAUCCGACGAGGUGUGAUAAGACGGUGCCGGCGCAGUUGAUGGGUGGAAUAUCAGCCAACAAACCUGUCCUGCCUCUGAUAACCGGCCCGAUGAUGCCGGGUAGUCACCGAGGCGAGAGACUGGGUGCUUGUACAGAUUGUCGAAAUAAUUGGGCUGCAUACAGAGCUGGGACGAUUGAUGUUGAGGAGAUUAGCGCCAUCAAUGAGGAAUUGGCGCCUACAUCAGGAACAUGCGGCGUAAUGGGCACAGCAAGCACAAUGGCCUGCCUAACCGCAGCCCUAGGCAUGAUGCCCCUAAAGGGCGCCUCCGCCCCAGCCGUAUCCUCCGCGCGACUUCGCAUCGCCGAAGAAACAGGCUCCAACGCUGUGGCAGUUGCAGCCGCAAAACGUACGCCCCAAGAAAUUCUCUCUGAAGAAUCCUUUCUCAACGCAAUUACGGUGUUACAGGCAAUAGGCGGCUCCACAAACGCCAUUGUCCAUCUCCUCGCAAUCGCGAACCGGCAUCCAGCGAUCCAGGGAAAGAUAACGUUGCAGACAUUCGAUGAUAUAGGCCGCAAGACACCGUUGCUUGUAGACCUCAAGCCAAGUGGAGUGAACUACAUGACGGAUUUUCACAAUGCGGGUGGCAUGUUGGCAUUACUACAUACCCUACGACCAUUACUGCAUUUAAAUGCAAUGACUGUAUCAGGCAAGACCUUGGGCGAAGUUCUCGAUGAAUCACCAUUCAAGAGCUUUGCAUAUUCGCGAGAAGUGGUAAGGCCGUUGGAUAAUCCGCUAUAUCCGUCUUCGUCGCUUGUUGUGCUCAAAGGGAAUAUUGCGCCUAAUGGAGCUGUGAUGAAAGCUUCUGCGUCCAAGGAUCGGUCACUUCUGAGACAUUCGGGUCCUGUAGUAGUUUUUGAGGAUACGGCUGAUAUGGCGAGAAGAAUUGAUGAUCCUGAUCUGCCUGUUACCAGAGAUUCGGUGCUUGUGUUGAAGAGCAUUGGUCCUGUGGGAAAUCCCGGCAUGCCGGAGGCCGGUUUGAUCCCAUUACCGCGCAAACUGGGUGCUCAGGGGGUUACGGAUAUGUUGCGUCUUUCUGAUGGGAGAAUGUCUGGAACGGCAGGGGGAACUAUUAUUCUGCAUAUAUCACCGGAGUCGGCACUCCCAGAAUCGCCGUUUGGAAUUGUCCGGACGAGCGAUAUUAUCACCUGUGAUGUUGAGCAGAGGAGAUUGCAUCUAGAGGUUUCGGAUGAUGAGAUUGAGAGGAGAGUUGCUGAGCGGAGGAAAGAGAUUGCGCAGAGUGUAAGUGAGAAGAAGUCGCAACGUGGGUAUAGGGGUUUGUAUAUUCGGUCUGUGAAUCAGGCAGAGGAUGGGGCUGAUUUUGAUUUUUUGACGGCGAGUGGUGCGACUGCAACUUCAUAA